AAAUGUUUCAUUAUGACUUUGACUUGGAUAUGCAGGAUUGUAUUCUUCCCUCUAUGGCUGUUUCAUGCUGUUGUUGCCCGAGGAAGAUUCUCCCUGCCCGCUCCAUCAGUUCCCCAUGAUCGCAAUUGGGCACCAUGUCAUGCUGUUGUUGGGAUACCUCUGCUUAUAGCCUUUGAACUACUUCUUUGUAUACAUCUCGAGAGCAUAUAUGUCAUCCAUUCUGCAGCGGUGAAUUUGAAAAUUGUCUUUCUUCCCUUGUUAGCAUUUGAAUUAAUUAUUCUCAUUGACAAUUUCAGAAUGUGUAAGGCGUUAUUACCUGGAGAUGAUGAAAGCAUGAAUGACGAGGCAAUAUGGGAAACACUUCCUCAUUUCUGGGUGGCGAUCUCCAUGGUUUUCUUUGUUGCUGCUACAGUGUUCACCCUUCUGAAGUUGUGUGGUGAUGUUGGCGCUCUGGGCUGGUGGGACUUGUUUAUAAAUUAUGGUAUUGCUGAGUGCUUUGCUUUUCUUGUUUGUACGAAGUGGUCAAAUCCAACGAUUCAUAGAAGCUCUCUCUGGCAUUGGAGAUUCAACAUGGAGGAAAAUGCACUUUGGAGGAGAACUUUGGUGGAAAAGUUUUCGUUGGACAAUCCAUGGCGCACCAAAGAGUCUAGAGUGCCUCAUGGCACCGGUUUAUGGAAACAUAUUAGAGGACAUUGGAACAAGUUUGAGUCAAACAUGGAUUUUAUUCUUGGCAAUGGAGGGAAAAUCAGGUUUUGGGAAGAUGCAUGGUUGGGUCAUACGCCAGUAAAAGACCAAUUUUCAGAUUUUUAUAAUCUAUCCUUGCGUCACAAUGGGGCAAUUGCAGAUUUCUAUACAUCGCAAGGCUGGAAUUUGAGUCUUAGAAGGAAUAUUAAUGAUUGGGAAAUGGAGAGGGUAGGCCUCUUGCUACAAAUGCUAAGCAACGCUGUUUUGGACCACAACAAAAUGGACUCUAUCAGUUGGAAGAGUCACUCCAAGGGCAUUUUUUCAGUUAAAAGUUGUUACAAUAUGCUGGGUUUUAGCAAUAGUGAGUUAUGGCCUUGGAAAAAAAUAUGGUACAACAUGGCACCUUUAAAGGUUUCUUGUUUCGCUUGGAUUGUGGCUAAGGAGGCAUGCCUCACAGAAAACAAUCUCCAGAAGAGGGGUUUCAAGCUGUGCAGCAGAUGUCCUUUAUGUGAAGAACAAUUUGAAGAUGUUACCCACCUUUUUUUUGCAUUGCAACGUUACAAACCAGUUAUGGAACAUGUUCUUUUCAAUAUUUGGUAUGUCUUGGACCAUGCCAAACCCCAUUUCAGAAUUGCUGAAGUGCUGGACCAGGGAGGGUCUAUGCAAGAAAGCUCAAAAGACCUGGAACACUAUGUAGAUGAUAUUUUAGACGCAAUUGCUGAUUUGCACAACCUAAAAAAAAAAGAAAAAAAAGAGGCUUUAGUUCAUUAUAGUAACUACUUAUUGUUUUGUAGGUAUAAUACUUUUUGUGGUUAUCCACCUGAAAUAGUCAAGAAAAUGCCCAAGAAGGAUCUUGCUGAGGAGGUUUGGAGACUUCAAGCAGCUCUGGGUGAGCAAGCAGAAAUCACUAAAUUGAGCCAGCAGGAAUAUGAAAGACUUCAAAAUGAAAAAGUUUUAUGUAGGGUUUGUUUUGAAGGAGAGAUUAGUACAGUGCUACUCCCUUGCAGGCAUCGCGUCCUUUGCAGUACCUGCUGUGAAAAAUGUAAGAGAUGCCCUAUCUGCCGUGUCUGUAUUGAGGAGCGCUUGCCUGUAUAUGAUGUAUAAAUCCAUCAUAUUUAAACCAUCAAGUUUCUACCUCCUUGGCUAGGAAGUGGUUACAAAAUGUCACAUAUGAUACAUGGCAAGGUAGUUCAUAGUUUCUCUAUAGAAUUUUGGGCAGUUAGUUUUGCGUUGACUGAACUAACAACAUUAGGUAGGGCAUAGUCAGAUUGCAGUUAACUCCAUACUGUGAUCUUCUGUAAAUGUAUGUCCUUUCUAAUGAAGGAAGCUGUAAAUAUUACAGUAUAUGCCUUUUCUCAGUUUUUUUUUCUUCUAAAUUUAGUUAAAAUCUUGAUUGUCCUUA